AUGGGCGCCCCACGACGGCCUCGUGUAUCCAUGUCCCUCGCCUGGCAUGAAUCAACAUAUUCAUCCCCACGUGUAGCCUACGAGCGACUCAAAUCGGGAUACUCUAAAAAAACGGAUUGUGGCAAUUCCUUGUACCACCCAUGCGCUGCGCUGUCAUCUUCUGAUGGAGCCGCGGAUGACUCUGAACCUAAGCUACCAACAGUUAUAACGAUUGAUGUCGCAUAUUCAUGCUGGCCGCGGAUGAAAUGGUCCCAAAGAAACCGGAGAUGGAUGCCCGACACCCCAGAUUCAACGUCCAACGUCGACAGCAGCCGGAGCAUAGCAGAUACCGAAAUAUCCCAUAUCGUUGUCCCUGAUGGCGGCUUGAGGGCCUGGCUUGUCGUUGUGGGUGGCUUCAUCGUCUACUUUUUUAUCUUCGGGCUUUUAAACGCUUUUGGAAGUUUUCAAGACAUCUACACUGACGGUUCUGGGUUCUCAACCAAGUUUCCGCACUUCUUGGUCAAUCAAGGCAUCUUUUUUGGCACGGGAAUUGCGUUGCUAUAUUACCCGGCCACCGGCGCCAUCACGGAGUGGUUCAACGAGAAGAGGCCUUUGGCUUUAGGAAUCGCCGCAUCGGGGUCCUCUGUUGGGGGGGCUCUUUGGUCGACAUAUGUACCGGAACUGAAUGAUAAGUUACCACAUGGUGUUGUUUUUCUGGUGAUUGGAGGCAUCGCGACUCCUCUGCUCUUUCUUGGUUGCUUGCUCAUUCGAGAAAGAAAAGGAGCGGCUGGUCAUGAUGAGUCUGGCGAUGAAGUUCGACCAUCUCAACGGAGUAUUCGGUCAGCCGUUCUCGAGUGGCGGUUUCUCGCAUUGACCUGGUCUCUAGUCAUUCUGUAUACCGGUGUUUUGAUUCCGUUCCACUUCCUCGUAGUCUACGCCAGGGAAAAAGAGGUCUCAGAAGACGUGGCAUAUAACCUGGUCGCAUUCACAUACUUGGGCUCCAUUCUUGGGAGAAUCGGCUCAGGCCUGCUUGCCGACUUCUUUGGCUGGUGA